AUUUUGUCCCAUUUAGCAGUCCGUAGCAGACUCGUGUCGCAUCAUGCUGAGCCGGAAGAAUAUGAGAAGAGUGGAGUUAUGAAGUUGCUUUAAGAUUAUUUAUACAUGUUUAUAUUUUUCGACAAAUCUUAACGUUGUCAGAAGCAGCACCUGUCUGGCUUAAUGAGUGUUUGCUGACGUAAUGGAGGAAAGAGAACAGCGCUACGAGUUUAUCAUUGUAGGAGGGGGCAUCGCAGGUGUUACUUGCGCCCAACAGCUUGCCUCUCAGUUUCCAUCAGAUGUGGUUCUGCUUCUUUCUGCUUCACCUUUAAUCAAGGCUGUAACAAAUUUUAAACAGGUCUCAAAAACUCUGGAAGAAUUUGACAUUGAAGAGCAAUCAGCAAGUGCCUUACGAGAAAGCUACCCCAACAUUCUAGUCAUCGAGUCCACCGUAACAGAACUAAACACAGCUCAACAUAGAGUUACUGCAGAAAAUGGCAAAGAAUAUGUGUAUGGGCAAUUAUGCAUAUGUGCUGGAGCCAGACCUAAACUAAUUGAGCAAAAUAACCCUUAUGUGCUUGGAAUUCGAGACACUGACACUGCAAAGGCAUUUCAGAAACGAUUGUCGGAUGCCAGAAGAGUCAUCGUGGUUGGUAAUGGAGGCAUUGCUUUGGAGCUUGUUUAUGAAAUAGAAGGUUGUGAGGUCAUUUGGGCAAUCAAAGACAAAGAUAUUGGUAACACAUUCUUUGAUCCAGGAGCUGCACAAUUCUUGUUGCCAAGCUUGAUGGGAGAGAAACCUGAUGUUCUCCUGCAGUGUAAACGCACUAAGUUCACCACAGAAGGUGGUGACCAACAGAAGGACUCUUCUACCACAAAUAGAACUCUAGGUAGUGCCCUGGGGCCAGAUUGGCAUGAAGGAAUGAAACUGAAAGGAACAAGACAGGUUGUUCACAAGGUUCACAUUGAAUACCAGUGUGAAGUUGAUCAGCUUUACCUUAAGGAUGACUUCUUACAAUUGAAGAAGACACCCAUAGCAUUUCCAGAAAACAAAGAGGAGGAAAAGAUAUCCAAACCAGAUAAUGAUCUCUGGCCAGUGUACAUCCGCCUCACCAAUGGGAAGAUCUAUGGCUGUGAUUUCAUUGUCAGUGCAACUGGUGUGGUCCCAAAUAUUGAGCCCUUUGUCAAAGACGCUACUCUGGAAGUAAUUGGCAGUGGCAUCAAAGUUGACGAUCAUAUGCGCACUACGGCUACAGACGUGUAUGCAGCAGGCGAUAUCUGUACCACCUCGUGGCAACCAAGUCCACACUGGCAGCAGAUGAGAUUGUGGACCCAGGCCAGACAAAUGGGAUGGUAUGCAGCUAAAUGUAUGACAGCCGACAGGCAAGGGGAAUCCAUUGAUAUGGACUUCUGCUUUGAACUCUUUGCUCAUAUCACCAAAUUCUUCAAUUAUAAGGUGGUCCUUUUAGGCAAGUACAAUGGUCAAGACUUGGGCACAGACCAGGAGCUGAUGGUGCGAUGCACUAGUGGACUGGAAUAUGUUAAAGUAGUCAUGCAGCGGGGUAAAAUGAUGGGAGCAGUGCUUAUUGGGGAUACAGACCUGGAAGAGACCUUUGAAAACCUCAUCUUAAAUCAGAUGGACUUAUCUGCCUAUGGGGAAGACCUUCUUAACCCUGAUAUUGAUAUAGAAGACUACUUUGACUAAGGAGUUUUAAAAAAAAUCUCUUCUUAAAAACAGGCAGAUGAAAUCCAGAAUACUGCACAUACCAGUUCUAACUAGACGUGGUGUUCUUCAAGAUCCAGGUGAAGGUACUCUGUCAUGCUUAUGUGGUGGGAGCCUGACAUGCAAUUACCUCGAAGCUCUUAAAAGAUUCAGAAGUUGGACUUGAGUUUAUUAGCCAACUUUGGAAUCACAGAACUGGAAGUGUACAUUUAUGAUCACUUAAAUAAUCACUGCAUGUUAACAUAAGUUAACUUAGAUUUAAACAUAUGUCAACUUUAUGACCUUAACUAUAAAGCAAAAUUAAAAGUACAGACUAAAACAGACGUACAUAUAGAGUACUUACUGACUGAUGUACAGGAGAGAAACUUCAAUAUUUUUUUAUGAAACAGAUGGACUUUUCUGUGAAUUGAGGAUAAGAGAUAAUAAAAUACUAAUAAAAAAUUAAUUAAA